CUGAAUACAGUAAACCUCUUGAGAACACUCUUUAUAUCGCCUCUUGCUCAGUUGAUUUGGUUCAUGUAGGUUUCGAAAAUGGCUUAAUACAAUUGAAUUUUAUUAAUUUUCCUCUGUAAUUCAGUGGUAAUGAUAAGAAAAUAUGAAAAACAAGUUUGAAACUUGGUUAAAUGAAGCUUAUGUCCAUAAUUUGAGGCUACUAGCUAACACAAUUUUUAAUUUGAAGUCAGUGAUUUCUAAUUUAAAAUUAAAAUUUUGUUUUCCUUUAUAGCUAUUGUUACUUUCAACAUUUAAAAUAUGAGUUUAGUUUAUGAUCCUGAGCUUUAUUGAGAUCUCAAGUAAUUAUAAGUAGUUAUCUUUUAUGCCAGAAUGAAUGAUAUGAUACUUAUCAUGAUUGAUUUUUAAGAGAUAGAUUGUUGUGCUGCAAAAGUUCUGAAAUGAAAUAGGAUUUUCUUAUUUUUUCUAAUAAUUGAAAUUCUAAAACUGCUAUUGUUUAUUUAAGAUGGUUCACUGCUGUGCUUUUGGAUGCUCAAACAGCUCUGAAAAAGGUUUUAGUAUGAAACGGUUUCCAAGUAAUCCUCAACGGAGGAAGGUUUGGGCAGCAAAAGUGAAGAGAGAAAAUUGGACUCCAACCAAUGCUACUCGUAUAUGUGAGGCUCAUUUUACACCAGACAUGUUCGAACAAAAUCGAGCUGAUGGAAGGCCCUUGUUGAAAUGGAAUGCAAUUCCUACUAUUUUUCCCCAUAUCCCAGAGAAAAAAUCUAGGAAACAUCCAAAGAAAAGAUCUUCUAAUAGGAGAACAGUUGAACAAUCAGCCUCAGCAGUUGAUAUGCCUGGAAGUAUCUGCAGUGUAGCAAUGUGUAAGAGCAAUGCUAUCAUUUCAAAAAAGUUGGGUGAUAACGUGCGGUUUUUUACAUUUCCAAAAGAUGUUAAGUUACGAAGGGAAUGGGUGAAGAGAUGUUCUCGAUCCGAAAAAUUUAAUCCAAUCAACAAAAGAAUUUGCAGUAAGCAUUUCAAACCUGAUGAUUUUGAAGAUGCAAUAGAAGCAAUGAUUCAAGAUCGACUUCCAAAAAUAUUGAAACGUGAUUGUAUUCCUUCACUGAACUUAAAACCGGAGAAGAUUUUAAAUGUGAAUCUUAGCGAUACAAAAAAGACCAGAUUGGAGAGAGCUGCUAAAAGGAAGCAGAAAGACUUUAUAAAAAGAAUCUUGGAAGCAGAAAAGGAACAUGAUUUUGAUUCUGAUGGUAGUGUUAAAUCAGAUAAUAAAGAGGAUAACAUGGAGGAAAGUUGGUCAACAGAUAUGGAUCAAAACGAUGAAACAGGUCUCACUUCUCAAGAUUUAAUAACCGAUAAAGGUGGGUUGUAG